UUGUUCCCACCGGCCGGCUCCAGGUGAGGCGGGAGCACCCACGGAGGUGGAAGCCCCAAAAUGAAGGAAACGAGGGAUUACUCCGGAUUUUGGGGCGUGGAAAGGAGCAAGCGGGCAGGUUACAGCCUUGAGAUGAAGUCAGAGACGCGUGUUGCCUGUCAGGUGACGAUGGCCGUGCUGUUCGUAGCUCUGCUCGUCACGGCCAUCACUUUUGCGGUGCAGGCUUUUCAGCCUCGUCCCCAACCCUGCUUUCGGUGUCCGUUCGACUGGAUCGGGUACAGAGGAAAAUGCUACUAUUUUUCGGAGGCUGAGGGGAACUGGACAUCCAGCCAGGACAACUGCUCGGCACUUGGUGCUUCCUUGGCCAUGCUCGACAGCGUGGAGGACUUGAGCUUCGUCAUGAGAUACAAAGGCAUCUCGGAGCAUUGGAUCGGCCUUUCACGGGAAGAGGAGGAGCAACCGUGGCAAUGGGUGAACCACUCACGUUUAUCUCACCUGUUUCAGAUCCGCGGCGGUGGCCUCUGCGCCUACCUGAACGACAACGGGCUCAGCUCCUCCUGCUGCAGCGCCGAGAGGAGCUGGGUUUGCAAUAAGCCCGAGCUGCAGAGCCCAGGCGAGGGCAACAGGACGUGACGGGCUCAAAACCUUUGCAUCAGCUCCUAAAGGGCUGCAGGGAGCGCUCCUCAAUCCCAAAUACCCGGUGCACGAUAGGGAAACAAAAGAAAACCCCAAGAAAACCCACAGAAAAAGCAAACUCAGGGAAAAAA